UAAUGAAAAUACUCGCCAUUAACAAAAUUAAAACUUAACGCAACUUUCAAAUUGAUUGCCAAUUUGCUGUAAUUUGAUAAGUACUUCUUGUUGUUUCUCGGUAUAUUAUUUUAAUUUUUAAAGAAAUGGGUAGACGUUUUGGCGAUCUCGCGGUUAUAAGAGGAAUAAUUUAUUAUAAACUGUCACCACAUGAACAAAAGCCUUUCGCUACAGCUUUUGCAUAUGGAAUUCCGAACUUUGUACCAAGGACCUUAUCUACCAUGUAUACGUGGCUCCCAUGUUUCUUAAUUGGUUUCAUAACAUAUGCAUCCGUAGAAGAAGCUUAUCGUAGAUCGAAAAGGAAGAACCUAAGAGACUACAUGCAUGAAGUAGACCCCACCCUGCCUGAAGCAUGCCUUCCGAAAUAAUUAUUUUAUAAAUUGACGUUGCUGCUUUAUCGCUGAAUAAAAUAUUAUAGACACUGACGGUUUACAGUUUCAUUGAUUACUUCAUAAUGAAUAAAUUAAUUAAUUUCGGAAAGUUCUGCACCGUUGGCGCAGUAGCAGCGUGUAUGUGAAGUUGUAUUUGCAAACCCUCCGACUUAGUAUAGUGCAACAUUUUCUAAGAAGUAAAACGAAGACCAACUCCUAACGCUUCUUCAAAACGGCAGAACAGUUUUAUGGGACAAUCUUGUAAAAGUGAACUACCAUGUGAACGUUGCAUCCUGUUUCUUUACCAUUGAUAGAUUAUGGGUUCAUUUUAUUCUAAAUACUAAUUAAAAACGGUUUUAGAAAAAUCUAAAA